AUGAUCGUUAAAGUAAAAACACUUACAGGUAAAGAAGUCGAUAUUGACGUUCAACCCGAUAUGACAAUCAACAAAGUGAAAGAAAGAGUAGAAGAGAAAGCUGGUAUCCCACCUGUUCAACAGCGUUUGAUUUUCGGUGGUAAAGCUAUGGCCGAUGAUAAAGCUAUUCAAGAUUAUAAGAUCAACGCAGGAGCUGUCAUUCAUCUAGUUCUCGCUUUAAGAGGUGGUAGUGAUCAAUUAUGA